AUGGGGCUGCUGGUUCAAUUUCUUGGGUUGUGUUUUGCAGCUGGCAGGGCUCUGAGUUUCGGAUGGCAUGAUUCUGGGGUUGGGCGUGCUGCCAGCUUUCUCUAUGUCAAUGCCAUGUUGUUGCUCCUUGGCCCCUUCAUGAGCAUUUAUGCUACUAAUUGGCUUCUUGAAUUUGCGGGCAUGACGCUGAUGACGGUGGACAUAUGUUUUCAGGUUCUGAACGUGCUGCUGCUGAGUGGCCUGGUCGGGCCCCAGCAGUGGCAGAAUCCCAUGGCUGCCUUUCAGAAGCUUGCAACACUCCAGGGGUUCGGCCUGGCGGCAAAGCGCAUCGCUUUCUCCGGACACGUAAACGAAAAUGCCCGGGAUUGCAUCGUGUCCUUUCCGGGGAAAUACAGCGAGGAGUGGGACCAGGCGGUUUCUGCCGUUAAGAGCCAAGAAGCGCUGUCACUCGCCUGCGUGUUCCUAACUGACCGAGCAUCCGGAUUGGGUGCCCACUGCGACAACCCCGAUGAGCCGGGAGAGUGCUGGUGCCGUGCCAUCUACGGGCACCUCCCUGCUUCCACGUACAUAAGUGUUGUCGACAUGCGACCUGCAAUGCAAAAUUCCCAAGCCCCGAUCGAAUUGGAGUUCAAGCGAGCAGAUGCAGUGGCGAUGGGGCAGCGCCUGGUCAUCCGAGAAGAGCAUUAUGGUGAACUGGAGUGGCAGCGGGAGCUCGCCGACGCUGAGGAGGAUGCCCGUGCACGCUGUGCUGCAAACCACGGAAGAGCUCCAUGGGGCUGCCGCUGGUUCGAUGACUGGAGGAG